UCACUCACAUUUGCCAUGUGGUAAAUAACACUGACUAUGGCAUUCAUCUCUGACUGGACGCAAAUUGGCAGCGAUGUGUUUUACAGAAAACAUGAACUCUACACGAUGGAAUGGGGUGGGGGGAUUAACCUGGGCGACUUCAUGGUUGCUGCAGCAUCUUAUGGGGGUCCCAUAGCCCUUACACGAGAUGAGACCAAAUUUACCAAAACACAGCAGUCAGGAAAGCCCAUAAUUUUCGUCUUUAGCUCAUCAGGGAGGAAAAUUUCAUCCUUUAAGUGGAUGAGUGGCUACCUGCUAUGCCUUGGUUGGUCACGCAGCGAGGACCUGGUGUGUGUGCAGGAGGAUGGCGCUGUGUCACUGUACGACAUGUUUGGCACUUAUCAGCACACCUUCAAUAUGGGACAGGAAGUCAAAGAUACUCAGGUCCAAAGUGCUCAAGUUUUCACCAGCCACCGAGAAACAGGAGUAGCUGUGCUGAGCAAGUCAAACCGUGUAUUCAUAGUUAGCAACAUCUAUGAGCCUCGUACCAGGAAGUAUCCAGAUAUUCCCAGUGGUGUGGUGGAGUGCUGGUGUGUGAUUCGCGAGGAAAGACACACAAACGUCUUAGUCAGUCAAGGAAACAAUUUGCUUCUCCUCAAUCAUCUGGAUCAGCGACCUCAGGCUUUGUACCCUGAAUGGAAUGAACCCGGAGGCUGCAUUGUGGAGAUGGCGGUUUCCAAUAACUCCCGUCAUGUGGCUCUGCUGUCUGACACCGGCAAGCUCUGGAUUGGCUCUUCCGACAUCCGCAUCAAAUACUGUGAAUACGAUGUGAAAAGUCAAGUGAAGCCAAAGCAGAUUGCUUGGUGUGGUACAGGAGCUGUGGUGCUACUGUGGGACAUGACACUAGAAGUAGUCAGUGUUAAUGGUGAUGCCACAAGCUACUACUUAGAUUCUGCAUCACAUUUAGUGCAGGAACCAGAUGGUGUGAGAGUGUUAGGCAGUACUGCUCAUGAUCUUCUACAAAAGGUGCCAUUGGUUGUGACAGAGACCUUAGGCAUUGGCUCUAUGGCUCCUGGCGCUCUCCUCCUUGAAGCAGCCAAAGGUUUCCAGGAGAGGAGCACAAGAGCCAAUGAUUGUCUUGCCAUGAUUAAGGACACUCUGGAGGAGGCAGUUAAUCACUGUCUACAAGCAGCACAACAUGAGUAUCGGCCACAGACUCAGAAAAUGCUGCUUCGAGCUGCAUUGUUUGGAAAAAGCUUCUUGCCAGAGAUCAAUCCAGACCCAUGUAAAAAGGCAAUUUUUACUCUUAGAGUACUCAAUGCAGUUAGGGAUUACAGAGUAGGUUUACCCCUCACUUGGAACCAGCUAGAACAUCUUACCCUCCCCGUGUUACUGGACAGGCUGGUGUUUCGAAGAUUCUUCCCCCUAGCCCUUCAGAUUGCCUCAUAUCUCAAGAUGCCGGAGUCAGAUGGUGCCUCUCGCAUACUGGCACAUUGGGCAUGCUAUAAGGUAUUACAGCCAUCACAGAAAAGCGAUGAACAGAUAGCAAAAGAGAUAAAUAGUAAAUUGGGCUACACGCCAGGGAUAUCAUACACUGACAUUGCUAAUCGAGCGGACCAAGCAGGCAGGAAGCAGCUUGCUAUAAAGUUGAUUGAGUAUGAGUGCAGAGCAAAGGAACAGGUUCUGGUCCUGAUGAGACUAGGGGAAGACCAGACUGCACUGAGACGAGCCCUACAAAGCGGAGAUACUGACCUUAUUUAUACUGUGCUGCAUCACCUGCGGCAGAAACUCUCAUCUGGGGAUUUCUUGAUGUUCAUCCGGAAUUUCCCAGUGGCCCAAUCGCUCCACAUCCGCAGCUGUCGGGAGCUGGACAUGGAGCAGCUGCGUGACAUUUUAGUGCAGGAGGACGACUUCCAUGGGCAAGCUCUCCUUAGAAUCAAAGAAGCUUACAUGUCCAAUAGAACAGAUAUGAGGCAAGCCUCCCUGCAAGGCGCGGCAGAGCUCUUCAGGAAAGCUAAGAAUGAAACUGCUUGUCAGAUGACGGAGGAACAGGUCAAGCUGGUCAGGUGGCAGGUAAGACUGGAAGACAAUCAGCACAAGCCUUACGUUAACAAAUCCCUCUACGAUACUCUGCAUCAGCUGUUAAUCGAUGGCCAAAUUAAAGAAGCCGAGAAGUUGAAAACGGAGUUCAAGAUACCGGAAAGGAGGUAUUGGUGGUCUAGGGUUCUUGCUCACUCCCAGGCUGGCCACUGGGAAGAGCUGUUAAAUUUCUCAAAGAAUAAGAAGAAUCCAAUUGGGUUUGAGCCUUUUGUAGAUGCCUGCUUGAAAAAUGGAAACAAAAGUGAAGCCCAGAAGUAUGCAAUGAAGGUAAAAGAUGAAAAUAAGGUGACAUAUCUCAUCAAAUGUGGACUCUUAGAGGAGGCAGUGAAGGUGGCACAGGAGCAGCGCAGUGCGUCGGGCUUGAGUGAGGUCCUGGCAGCAUGUGGCUCUCAGCACCAGGCUCUCCAGACGAAAAUCCAGGUGCUGCUCAGUGACUCUUCCUUGAGAAAUUAAUCUGGGAAGGACUAGCGAUAAAUAGGGAUUUUUGGAUGGGGAUGCAGGGAAAGGGGGCGACUUUUGAUACUUUUUUCAGAAAUUGUAAUGUGUCAGUAUGAAUUGAUUUUUGGCAUUGUUCGAAACAGAAGCCUUAUAGUGUAAUUGUAAUUUGAUUUCAAAGACAAGUGCAUAUGGUCACACUCACACACACUUGCACACACUCUCACACAAAUAGACAUAUGCUCACACAAACACACACACAAUCACACAAACAGACACACACGCAUACAUAAACACACACACACA